AUGGAGGAAAAAAGUUGCUCCACAGGUUGCUCAAAAGCUUUGGACCUUUAUAUUGAGAUGAAAACUGAUGCUUUACAAAAGGCUACAUUGCCUGCCCCAGAGGUGGAAAGAGACAGUGUAACCAAUUCUUCUGUUUAUCUGCAAUGGAGGACACAGGAAUUGGUACCAAACAUCAGUUAUACAGUACAGAUGCAAAUGCCUGAAAUUUCCAGCGAUUGGCAACUUUGUAAUUCCACCAAAUUAAUCAAAGAACUCCCAGUGCAGUUUAACGUUCAUAAUCUUCACCCAUACACAACUUACAAGUUCAAAAUUGUGGCCUUCAUAAAGAAUCCAGACAAUUUCCUUGAAUCCAAUGCAAGUGUAUCAGUGACAACAUUCUCAUAUGGAAAGCCCUCUUCUCCGGCAAGAAUCGUAAGUGUGACCACACCAUCUCCAACUGUGAUUACUGUCAUCUGGAGCCCACCUCUGUUUCCCAAUGGUCAGCUACUUGGAUACAAGUUGAUAGUCGUUUCUGCUUGGAAUUCCCAUGGAGAAGGACCUGCAGACAUACUGGAAAUCACAACACCUGAGCCGACAACAGAAAAUGACAAGGAGACUCCAUAUUUAGUGCUUGCUGCCAGUAACAUGGUUCUUAAGCAGAACUUGAUGGAUGUUUAUGGAGAUCCUAUUACUCUUCAUCAAUCACAUAACCGAAGCAUUCUUGUCUUAGGCAUUGGUGUUCAUAUCAAAGAAAAAAUUGUCCUUUUUAGUGAUGCAGAUGGAAAAGUUAAUUUGGUGUACACAGACUCUUCUAAUAAGAUCAAAAAGAACAUUUAUCCAAAUGUGGUUCACCCCAAAUCAAUUAGUAUUGAUUGGCUUGAUAAUAAAGCAUAUAUUGCUGGAGAUGAUAAGUCUCCUGAAUAUUGGAGCUAUCAAAGUGGUCAUAUGAUUGCUGGAACAAUCCUUACAAGAUAUGCAGGGUCAUUCUUUAAUAUUUUCUCAUCUUUUUUUUCUCCCCCUCAUACUUUUUCUUCUCCUCCUACUCAUUUUUCUUCUAUUUUUCUCCUCUUCCUCUUCCAUUUUUUCUCCUCCUCUUACUUUUUCUUCUCUUCCUAUACCUUUUACUUUUCCUCCUCUUACUUUUCUUCUCCCCCUCUUACUCCUUUUUCUUCUCUUCCUCUUACUUUUUUCUCUUCCUACUCCUUUUUCUUCUUCUCCUCCUCUUACAUUUUCUUCUCUUCCUAUACCUUUUACUUUUCCUCCUCAUACUUUUCUUUUCCCCCUUUUACUCCUUUUUCUUCUCUUCCUCUUACUUUUUUUCUCUUCCUAAUCCUUUUUUUCUUUUUCCUCUUACUUUUUCUUUUUUCCUUUUACUUUUCUUCCUCAUUUUUCUUUUCCCCCUUAACUCCUUUUUUCUUUCUUCUUCUUUUUUUUUUCUUCCUUACCUUUUUUUUUCCUCUUACUUUUCUUUUCUUCCUUAUCCUUUUUUUUUCCCCUUAA